CUACGAACUGGAGCAUUUGAUGUUCCUCCUCAGGAGAUAUUGACCAAGGACAGUGUUACUGUUAGUGUUGAUGCUGUAGUUUACUACCAGGUAUCCAACCCACUCUCAGCAAUCUGCAACAAUGACGAUUAUAACCGGUCAACUAGGCUUCUAGCAGCAACUACCCUCAGGAAUGUGCUUGGAACUAGAAAUCUGUCCGAGAUACUCUCUGAUAGAGAAACCAUUGGAACCUCUAUGCAUAAAACUUUGGAAGCUGCCACUGAUCCAUGGGGGGUUCAUGUAGAGAGAGUUGAGAUCAAGGAUGUUAGGCUUCCUCAACAAAUGCAGAGAGCAAUGGCAGCUGAAGCUGAGGCUACAAGGGAUGCAAGAGCCAAGGUUAUACAGGCAGAGGGAGAACAACAGAGCAGCAAGGCAUUGAAGGAAGCAGCAGAUACAAUGGCAAGCAGCCCAGCAGCUCUUCAGCUGCGCUAUCUGCAGACUCUGAGCAGCAUCUCAGCUGAGAAGAAUUCUACGAUUAUAUUCCCGCUGCCCAUGGAACUCUUUGGAGCUUUCUCCGAUGGGGGCGGAAUCCGUAAGCGGAAGAGGCGGGAAGAUGAAGCAGAAGAGGAGUAGAAAAAGAUCUUGAUUGGAAAGGGACUAAA